CCAUUCCAUCUACAGCUAAAAACAAUAAACAUGCAGGGUGUACCAUCAUCUUUCCUGGCUGCUUUUUUCUUCCUCUCAUGCUUCAUUUGCCUGUGCCCUCCUGACCUGGCUAUGGCAAAACAUGCAGCCACCGGCGUUACCCGACACUAUAAGUUUAAUAUACGGAUGCAAAAUGUGACGAGAUUGUGUCAGACGAAAAGCAUAAUAACAGUCAACGGAAAAUUCCCUGGGCCAAGGAUUAUUGCCAGGGAAGGUGACCGAUUGGUGAUCAAAGUUGUCAAUCAUGUCCCCAACAAUAUCAGUAUCCAUUGGCAUGGAAUUCGUCAGCUUCGGAGUGGGUGGGCUGACGGGCCAGCAUAUAUAACACAAUGCCCAAUCCAAACGGGCCAGUCAUACGUUUACAACUUCACCAUCAGUGGACAGAGAGGAACACUUUGGUACCACGCCCAUGUUUCAUGGAUUAGGUCUACCCUUUAUGGCCCUAUUGUCAUUCUCCCCAGGCGUAACACUUCAUACCCGUUUCUCAAACCUUACAAGGAAGUUCCGAUUACAUUCGGGGAGUGGUGGAAGGCCGAUACAGAAGCAGUGAUCAACCAGGCCCUUCAAACCGGAGCUGGCCCAAAUAAUUCUGACGCUUAUACAAUUAACGGGUUGCCUGGACCGUUAUACAAUUGUUCUUCACCAAAGGAAACUUUUCGGCUCAAGGUGAAACCGGGGAAGACGUACCUCCUUCGAUUGAUCAAUGCUGCACUCAAUGACGAACUCUUUUUCAAAAUCACAAACCAUACGUUUACUGUUGUUGAUGCCGAUGCAAGCUACGUUAAGCCAUUUGAGACAGACACAAUCUUUAUUACACCGGGCCAAACAAGCAAUGUCCUUCUCAAGACAAAAAAUCUCACCUCAAACACUAUAUUUUUUAUGGCGGCCCGACCAUAUUCCACAGCCGCCUUCGGGACAUUCGAUAACACCACUGUCGCCGGGGUUCUUGAAUACAACAGUAAUAAUACGCCAUUAUCCAUUAAUUCUACUAAAGGACUUGCCCUACCACCACUCCCAGCGAUCAAUGCCACGUCAUAUGUAGCCAACUGGACCAAUAAGCUUCGUAGUUUGGGAAACUCGCAGUUCCCGAUGAAUGUUCCACAAACCGUCGAAAACAAUUACUUUUUCACAGUGGGGCUCGGGAGCGACCCGUGCCCAAAGAACCAAACAUGUCAAGGUCCCAAUGGUACUAAAUUUGCGGCCUCGGUUAACAACGUCUCCUUCACCUUGCCAACAACCGCGCUUCUUCAGGCUCGGUAUUUUGGGAACUCAAAAGGCGUUUUCUCCACCAACUUCCCAUCAUUCCCUCUUAAUAAAUUCAAUUACACUGGCACUCCACCUAACAACACGAUGGUUUCGCACGGCACAAAAGUGGUGGUGCUACCAUACAACACGACCGUCGAGCUGGUGAUGCAAGGCACUAGUAUUCUUGGAGCCGAAAACCAUCCUCUCCACCUCCACGGGUUCAACUUUUACGUGGUGGGGCAAGGCACCGGAAACUUCAACUCCUCUACCGAUCCUGCCAAAUACAACCUUGUUGAUCCCGUUGAAAGAAACACCGUUGGGGUGCCCUCAGGCGGGUGGGUGGCGGUUCGGUUUAGGGCGGACAAUCCGGGCGUAUGGUUUAUGCAUUGUCACAUUGAGAUUCAUUUGAGUUGGGGGUUGAGAUUGGCGUGGGCAGUAAUGGAUGGGAAGCUUCCGAACCAGGAGUUACCUCCACCACCUUCUGAUCUUCCAAAGUGUUAAUUGUUGGGUUUGACUCAUGAGUCUUUUGGUUUUUUGAGUUUUUAAAUUAUGUUCUUGUGACAUGAGUGAUUUUUUUCAUAAUGUUUUUCGUAUUUUGGGCCUUGAAUUUGUCUCAAAUCCUUUGAUUCCUCUUGUAAACCUGAUUUGAUUAGAGAGAGACUCGAUUUUGUUUAUGUUGAUUAAUAUUAACAUUAUAUGGAUUGACGAAUGCAAUAAAACUUACUCUUUGGAAGAUUUAAUCUUCCUUGAUGUCA